CCGGCACCGGCACCGGCACCGGCACCGGCACCGGCACCGGGCCGUUGGGGCGGCGGGGACGGCGCGGGAGCGCGGACGGAGGAGCCGAGCUGACCUGCCCGGGCUGCAACACCUCGAAAGAAGCUGCUGCAGGAUGAAAAGAUGGCAGCGCGGCUGCUCGCACCACCAGGCCCCGAGAGUUUUAAACCCUUCACUCCGGAGUCCCUGGCCAACAUCGAGAAACACAUCGCGGAGCUGAAGAAGAAGCAGCGCUCCAAGCAGGACAGCAGCCACCGGGAUGACGACGAAGACAGCAAACCAAAACCAAACAGUGACCUUGAGGCGGGCAAGAAUUUGCCUUUCAUCUACGGGGACAUCCCUAAAGGGCUGGUUGCUGUGCCCCUGGAGGACUUUGACCCUUAUUAUAUGACCCAGAAAACCUUUGUAGUACUAAACAGAGGGAAAACACUCUUCCGAUUUAGUGCCACACCUGCCUUGUACAUUUUAAGUCCUUUUAAUCUGUUUAGAAGAAUAGCUAUUAAAAUUUUGAUACAUUCGGUGUUCAGCAUGAUCAUCAUGUGCACCAUCCUGACCAACUGCGUGUUCAUGACGUUCAGUAACCCGCCCGAGUGGUCCAAGAACGUGGAGUACACAUUCACCGGGAUUUAUACGUUUGAAUCACUCGUGAAAAUCAUUGCCAGAGGUUUCUGUAUAGAUGGCUUCACCUUCCUGAGGGACCCCUGGAACUGGCUGGAUUUCAGCGUCAUCAUGAUGGCAUAUGUCACAGAGUUUGUGGACCUUGGGAAUGUCUCAGCAUUGAGAACUUUCAGAGUUCUCCGAGCUUUGAAAACUAUCUCUGUAAUUCCAGGCUUGAAGACCAUCGUGGGUGCCCUGAUCCAGUCUGUGAAGAAGCUGUCGGAUGUGAUGAUCCUGACAGUUUUCUGUCUCAGUGUCUUUGCCCUCAUUGGGCUCCAGCUGUUCAUGGGCAAUUUAAGGAACAAAUGUGUGAUUUGGCCAAUUAAUGUGAACGAGACCUUCCUGGAUAAUGGCUCCAAGGGCUUCGACUGGGAGGAAUACACCAACAAUAUGUCAAAUUUUUACAUCAUUCCUGGUGCCCCCGACCCUUUGCUCUGUGGUAACAGCUCCGAUGCAGGCCAAUGUCCAGAGGGAUACACGUGCAUGAAGGCAGGACGGAACCCCAACUACGGCUACACGAGCUUUGACACCUUCAGCUGGGCUUUCCUGGCUUUAUUUCGCCUUAUGACUCAGGACUUUUGGGAAAACUUGUAUCAAUUAACUUUACGAGCGGCAGGAAAAACCUACAUGAUCUUCUUUGUGCUGGUGAUCUUUGUGGGAUCCUUCUACCUGGUGAAUCUGAUUCUGGCUGUGGUGGCCAUGGCCUACGAGGAGCAGAACCAGGCGACCCUGGAGGAGGCAGAGCAGAAGGAGGCAGAAUUCAAGGCCAUGUUGGAACAAUUGAAAAAGCAGCAGGAAGAAGCACAGGCUGCUGCCAUGGUCACCUCGGCAGGGACGGUGUCUGAAGAUGCUGUGGAGGAUGAUGGUGGGGGGAGGAUGUCUCGGAGCUCCUCGGAGAUUUCCAAACUCAGCUCCAAGAGUGCCAAGGAGCGCCGGAACAGGAGGAAGAAGAGGAAGGACAAGGAGCUGUCGGAAGGAGAUGAGAAGUGUGACAAUGAGAAGGUGUUCAAGUCAGAAUCUGAGGAUGGCAUGAGGAGGAAAGCGUUCAGGCUGCCGGAUAACAGGCUGGGAAGGAAAUUUUCCAUCAUGAACCAGUCUCUCCUCAGCAUCCCGGGCUCCCCUUUCCUCUCGCGCCACAACAGCAAGAGCAGCAUCUUCAGCUACAAGGGGCGCUUCCGCGACCCGGGCUCGGAGAACGAGUUCGCCGACGACGAGCACAGCACGGUGGAGGAGAGCGAGGGCAGGAGGGACUCGCUCUUCAUCCCCAUCCGCGGCCGCGACCGGCGCAGCAGCUACAGCGGCUACAGCGGCUACAGCCAGGGCAGCCGCUCCUCGCGCAUCUUCCCCACGCUGCGCCGCAGCAUCAAGAGGAACAGCACCGUGGACUGCAACGGCGUCGUGUCCCUCAUCGGAGGGCCGCCGUCCAGCAUGCCUGGUGGCCGCAUCCUGCCCGAGGGUACCACUGAAAUUGAAAUCAGGAAGAAGCCUGGUGGGUCUCUCUUGGUCUCAAUGGAUCAGGUGAACGCGUCCUAUGGAAGGAAGGAUCGGACCAACAGUGUCAUGACUGGGUUGACCAACACCCUUGUUGAGGAGCUGGAAGAGUCCCAGAGGAAGUGUCCCCCUUGCUGGUACAAAUUUGCCAAUACCUUCCUGAUCUGGGAGUGCCACCCAUACUGGAUGAAGCUGAAGGAGAUCGUGAACUUAAUUGUCAUGGAUCCUUUUGUUGACUUGGCCAUCACCAUCUGCAUCGUGCUGAACACGCUGUUCAUGGCCAUGGAGCACCACCCCAUGACCCCCGAGUUCGAGCACGUGCUCUCUGUAGGAAAUCUGGUUUUCACUGGGAUUUUCACAGCAGAAAUGUUCCUGAAGCUCAUUGCAAUGGAUCCAUACUAUUAUUUUCAAGAAGGCUGGAACAUCUUUGAUGGGUUUAUUGUCUCCCUGAGCUUAAUGGAGCUGAGUCUGGCAGAUGUGGAGGGACUUUCCGUGCUGCGAUCUUUCCGACUGCUGAGAGUCUUCAAACUGGCCAAAUCCUGGCCCACUCUGAACAUGCUGAUAAAAAUCAUUGGUAACUCAGUGGGUGCCUUGGGGAAUUUGACCUUGGUGCUGGCCAUCAUCGUGUUCAUCUUCGCCGUGGUGGGAAUGCAGCUCUUCGGCAAAAGCUACAAGGAGUGUGUCUGCAAGAUCAAUCCGGAGUGUGAGCUACCCCGCUGGCACAUGCACGAUUUCUUCCACUCCUUCCUUAUUGUCUUCCGUGUGUUGUGUGGGGAGUGGAUUGAGACCAUGUGGGAUUGUAUGGAAGUGGCAGGACAGGCCAUGUGCUUGAUUGUCUUCAUGAUGGUCAUGGUCAUCGGCAACUUAGUGGUGCUGAACCUGUUCUUGGCCUUGCUGCUGAGCUCCUUCAGCGCAGACAACCUGGCGGCCACGGACGACGACGGCGAGAUGAACAACCUGCAGAUCUCGGUGAUCCGCAUCAAGAAGGGCAUUGCCUGGACCAAGGCCAAGGUCAGGGAGUUCAUGCAGGCCCACUUCAAGCAGAGAGAGGCGGACGAGGUGAAGCCCUUGGACGAGCUGUACGACAAGAAGGUGAACUGCAUCGCCAACCACACCGGGGCCGACAUCAACCGCGACAUCGAUUUCCUCAAGAACGGCAACGGCACCACCAGCGGCAUCGGGAGCAGCGUGGAGAAGUACAUCAUCGACGAGGACCACAUGUCCUUCAUCAACAACCCCAACCUGACCGUGCGCGUCCCCAUCGCCGUCGGCGAGUCCGACUUCGAGAACCUCAACACGGAGGACUUCAGCAGCGACACGGAUCCCGACGGCAGCAAGGAGAAACUCGACGAGACCAGCUCCUCUGAGGGCAGCACCAUCGAUAUCAAGCCUGAAGUGGAAGAAGUGCCCGUGGAGGCACCAGAGGAGUACCUGGACCCCGAUGCCUGUUUCACAGAAGGUUGCAUGCAGCGCUGCAAGUGUUGCCAGGUCAAUAUUGAGGAGGGGCUGGGAAAGUCGUGGUGGACCUUGAGGAAAACGUGUUUCCUAAUUGUGGAGCACAACUGGUUUGAGACUUUCAUCAUCUUCAUGAUCCUCCUGAGCAGUGGGGCCCUGGCGUUUGAGGACAUCUACAUCGAGCAGAGGAAAACCAUCAGGACCAUCCUGGAGUACGCCGACAAGGUCUUCACUUACAUUUUCAUCCUGGAGAUGCUGCUCAAGUGGUGUGCCUAUGGCUUUGUCAAGUUCUUCACCAACGCCUGGUGCUGGCUGGAUUUCCUCAUCGUGGCUGUCUCUUUAGUCAGCCUUAUAGCUAAUGCCCUGGGCUACUCGGAACUAGGUGCCAUAAAAUCCCUUAGGACCCUAAGAGCCUUGAGGCCUUUAAGAGCGUUGUCCCGAUUUGAGGGGAUGAGGGUGGUUGUCAAUGCCUUGGUUGGCGCUAUCCCUUCCAUUAUGAAUGUCUUGUUGGUCUGCCUUAUCUUCUGGCUGAUUUUCAGCAUUAUGGGGGUUAACCUGUUUGCCGGGAAAUAUCAUUACUGCUUUAAUGAAACAGCUGAGCAUCGCUUUGACAUAGAGGUUGUUAACAACAAGACAGACUGCGAGGCUCUGAUGCCACCCAACUCCACGGAGAUCCGAUGGAAGAACGUGAAAAUUAACUUUGACAACGUUGGGGCAGGAUAUCUGGCUCUGCUGCAAGUUGCUACAUUCAAGGGCUGGAUGGACAUCAUGUAUGCAGCUGUAGAUUCCAGAAAGCAAGAAGAGCAGCCCAAGUACGAGGACAACAUUUACAUGUACAUUUAUUUUGUUAUCUUCAUCAUCUUCGGUUCCUUUUUCACCCUGAACCUCUUCAUUGGUGUCAUCAUCGACAACUUCAAUCAACAAAAGAAAAAGUUUGGAGGUCAAGAUAUUUUCAUGACAGAAGAACAAAAGAAGUACUACAAUGCCAUGAAAAAACUGGGCUCAAAGAAGCCUCAAAAACCCAUUCCCCGACCUCUGAACCGCAUCCAAGGAGCCGUCUUCGACUUUGUCACCCAGCAAGCCUUCGACAUCGUCAUCAUGAUGCUCAUCUGCCUCAACAUGGUGACCAUGAUGGUGGAGACAGACACGCAGAGCAAGCAGAUGGAGGACAUCCUUUACUGGAUCAACUUUGUGUUUGUCAUCUUUUUCACCUGUGAGUGUGUGCUGAAGAUGUUCGCCUUGAGGCACUACUACUUCACCAUCGGGUGGAACAUCUUUGACUUCGUGGUUGUGAUUCUGUCCAUCGUGGGGAUGUUCCUGGCUGAAAUCAUCGAGAAGUACUUCGUGUCACCCACCCUGUUCCGAGUGAUCCGCCUGGCUCGCAUCGGCCGCAUCCUGCGCCUGAUCAAGGGAGCCAAAGGGAUCCGCACGCUGCUUUUUGCCUUAAUGAUGUCCCUGCCUGCCUUGUUCAACAUCGGCCUCCUGCUCUUCCUGGUCAUGUUCAUCUUCUCCAUCUUCGGCAUGUCCAACUUCGCCUACGUCAAGCACGAGGCCGGCAUAGACGACAUGUUCAACUUUGAGACCUUUGGCAACAGCAUGAUCUGCUUGUUCCAGAUCACCACCUCGGCCGGCUGGGACGGGCUCCUGCUGCCCAUCCUGAACCGGCCGCCAGACUGCGACCUGGACAAGGAGCACCCGGGCAGCGGCUUCAAGGGGGACUGCGGGAACCCCUCGGUGGGGAUAUUCUUCUUCGUGAGCUACAUCAUCAUCUCCUUCCUCAUCGUGGUCAACAUGUACAUCGCCAUCAUCCUGGAGAACUUCAGCGUGGCGACGGAGGAGAGCGCGGAUCCGCUCAGCGAGGACGACUUCGAGACGUUCUACGAGAUCUGGGAGAAGUUCGACCCCGACGCCACGCAGUUCAUCGAGUACAGCAAGCUGGCGGACUUCGCCGACGCCCUGGAGCAUCCCCUGCGCGUCCCGAAACCCAACACCAUCGAACUCAUCGCCAUGGACCUGCCUAUGGUAAGUGGGGACAGGAUCCACUGUUUGGACAUCCUGUUUGCCUUCACCAAACGUGUCCUGGGGGACAGCGGGGAGCUGGAUAUCCUGAGACAGCAGAUGGAGGAGAGGUUUGUGGCUUCCAACCCUUCCAAAGUGUCUUACGAGCCCAUCACCACCACGCUGCGGCGCAAGCAGGAGGAGGUGUCGGCGGUGGUGAUCCAGAGGGCUUACAGGGCUCGUUUGGCACGACGGGGCUUCAUCGGCCGAAGGCCUGCCAGCACCAAACUGGAGAACGGGGGAGCAAACAGGGAGAAAAAGGAGGGCACCCCAUCCACGGCGUCCCUGCCGUCCUACGACAGCGUCACCAAACCCGAGAAGGAGAAACAGCAGCGGGCGGAGGAGGGCAGGAGGGAAAAGGCAAAGAGACAAAAAGACGCCAGGGUGGCCAAGUGUUGAGACACACACACAAACACACACACACACAGAGAGAAAAAUAAAUUAACACACACAGGAAAAAAAAAAAAAAAAAAAGUAGAAUUGUACGAAUUAAAAUAUUUGCAAGUGGAAAAAAAAAACAAAAAGAAAAGGAAAAAAAAAAAAAAAAAAGAUUGUUUACAAACUUCCUGAAAUAUAUCAAUACAGAACAGCUGUGGAGACACUUACCUGAAGAUCUUAUACCAAACAUAGUCUGCUUACUGUGUGACAGCGUUGCAUCUAAAGCAGUGACCUACCACCUGUUUAAAGGACCCUGUAAACAAACAUUUAAACACACACAAAAAAAAAAAAAAGGAAAAAAAAAAGGAUUUUCUAUUGUUUGGGCAGGUGGAUACUGCAUGUUCCACAUCAGUCAAUGCAACUUAGGACAAACAAGCAAAAUAAACCACACACACACACACAAACACACACACAGAGAAACAAAACCCGCUGCUGGGAUUCAUGUAUUUUCCAAAGCAGCCCCAAGUGGAUUUUAUUUUCCCAUUUUGUUGAUUAUUCUCAGAAGAAAACCCAGAAGUCACAAUGUCAAUGGGUUUGUUCAUGCAAAACUAGGUUUGCAUUUAGUUAAGCAGCAAAAAAACAAAAAAAAAAAGGAAAAAAAUUGAAAAAAAAAAAAGAGUUCAAACAAGUAGAACCAAAAAAAAAAGGAAAAAAAAAAGAAACAAAGCACCCAUGAAGGCCACUGAGUUGCCAUCGUUUAUUUGAGAUUUAUGAUUUGCAUUCUACUUUCCACAUGGGCUUUUCUUGGUUUGGGAGAUGGGGUAGUCGGGUACCUUCAGCCUGGAGCCAGCUCGGGCUGACCCCCCCCAAAAAAAACCC